UCCUUUAAGCAAAGCAAAUCGGCUGUGAGAUUGAAGGAGGACAUGAAAAAGAUAGCUGCACUUCCACUGAGCAAGCAGAGGGACACAACCUGUCCAAAGGUGUUUGGUGUGAGUCUUCUGGAGCUCCAGCAGCAGGGACUGAGCAAGAACGGCAUCCCAAUAGUUGUGUGGAAUAUAGUCGAGUACCUCAGCCAGCAUGGUAUGACGCAGGAAGGCCUCUUCAGGGUGAACGGCAGCAUGAAAAUGGUAGAACAGUUGCGUCUGCAAUACGAGCGUGGAGAAGAGGUGGAACUUGUUAAAGAUGGUGAUGUGUACUCAGCAGCCAGUCUGUUGAAAUUAUUUUUGAGAGAGUUGCCGGAUGGGAUUAUCACGUCUGCCUUACAUCCCAGGUUCAUUCAGCUUUACCAGGACACUAGAGAUGACGUGCAGAAGGAACAUAACUUGAAAGAACUCCUUAAAGAACUGCCUGAUGUUCAUUACUGCCUGCUGAAGUAUCUGUGCCAGUUCCUGAUAAAGGUUGCUGAACAUCAUGUAGAGAACAAGAUGAACCUUUGCAAUCUUGCCACUGUAUUUGGACCAAACUGCUUUCAUGUGCCAUCUGGAUUUGAAGGUAUAAAAGAACAGGAGAUCUGCAACAAGAUAAUGACAAAAAUGCUGGAAAAUUACAACACCUUGUUUGAAUUGGAAGGUUUGAAGAAGGAUGAAGAAAAGCCUGUUUGUGAAGAGCUAGCAAGAAUUAUUUUGGUAAAA